CUGGCUUCCAGUCACCCUGAGAGCGUGUUCCUGAGAAACGUGGGAGUAAAUCAGAGAAAGUUCUUGGGUAGGAAAGUGAGGGGGCGGCGCCCCGCCGGUCCUCCCCUUUCCUGGCUGCAGCACCUGGACCCUCAGUCCGCCUCCCGCCUCUCUAGGGCGCAGGGCGCAGGGCGUGGGGCGAUGCGCGCAGACCCUCGGGGGCCGGGGGAGGAGACGCACAGUGAUGGGUGGGCAGCGCGGGAGAAUAACGCCCAGGAGCCCUGGAGGGAAGGCUCCAGACGCCCGGAAAUCUCUUCUGUCUAGAAAAGCUGGGUUUGGAUUCUCCUCUCUAGAGUUCUCAGGAAGUUUUGGGGGAGGGGCGAGCCACGCUCUCCUAUCCUACCGGCGCCGGGCGCGAUAGGGCGUGCAGGGACGACCAGAGCCUCGGGUCUCAGUGCUGUCACCGUCCUGCCCUCGAGCGGGCUCCGGGUGCAGCCGGCGGUUGAGGGCUGCAGGGUGGUGGGCAGCAGGCAGGGUAGCCAUGGAGGGUCUGGUUCUGUUCAACGCCUUGGUCACCCGGCUGCUCUUCCUGCUGCACUCGCUGGUCGGGGUCUGGCGAGUGACCGUGGUGAUGAAGGAGUCGCGGUACUGGCUGCUUGCAUUGCUCAAUCUCUUGCUGGUCCUGGAGACUGUGCUCACCCUCAAGUUCAAGCGCGGCAGAGGCUACAAAUGGUUUUCACCAGCCAUAUUUUUAUAUCUGAUUAGCAUCGUUCCAUCAUUAUGGCUCCUUGAAAUGCAUCGUAAGACCCAGGAUUGCAGUAUUCAGUCUGAAAGAAUAUCACAGAACACCAGCAGAAAAGAUGAUUUCAAACAACCAUUGUUGUUCAAUGAAGAAAGCAAAGGCGUGGAGGAUAUCAUUGAGACGGCUAAAGUCUUUGUAAAUAACCUGUCUACGGUGUGUGAGAAGUACUGGACCCUGGGCCUCCAUCAGACAUUCCUGCUAAUGCUCAUCAUUGGAAGAUGGCUUCUCCCCAUUGGAGGCACCAUCACUCGAGACCAGCUCUCCGAACUCCUUCUCAUGUUCGUGGGAACCGCUGCUGACAUACUGGAAUUUACCAGCGAGACUUUGGACUUAGAAAAUGUGAGGACAAAUACUUCCCUUGUCUGUGCCAUCCUUGUGAUAUGGACGUGGAGCAUGCUGCAGUUUCCACUUGACCUGGCAGUGCAGCAGGUUGUGUGCCCCUCCUCUGUGACAGCCAGGGGAUUCCCCAGCCUGUUCUUCUGCCAGUACAGUUCUGACUUGUGGAACAUCGGGAUCAGUGUCUUCAUCCAAGACGGCCCCUUCCUCACCUUGCGCCUCAUCCUGAUGGCUCAUUUCAAUGUGAUCAAUCAGAUGCUGGUGUUCUUUGCCGUCAAGAAUCUCCUGGUGCUGCUGCUACACCUUUACCGUUUGGUAGUUUUGGCAUCAGCUUUCCGUGCUUCCCUACGAAGGCAGUCAGAAGGCCUCAAAGCAGAACAGAGCUGCUCCUGUGGACCACCUGCGAGUGGACUGGGGAUCUGCGAGGGGAGCUCCAGGGAGGGCCUGGCUAUUCCACUGCAAGUCUCACCAGCCACCUCUGACGCCUCCCCUCCCACACCAUAGUCAUUUAUUCCCAGCAGGAUGCGUUAGAAAGAUGGACGUUGCCAGCUCUUCUUACAGACUUCUGCCUCUUUUUAUUUUCUUUCCAUCUUAGCACAUAAUAAUUUUUAAAGAAAUAUCCUGCAAAGGUGAUCUUAAACUAAAGUCAAGAAAUUUUCUUCUUUCAAUGAAAUGGAAGGAACUUUGAUUAGUGGUGAAGGCCACAACUUCUUCGUGAUGGUAUAAGAUGUUACAGUUGUUCAACGACUAAGUGAUUUGUUGGUGCUGAACUGUUUGAAGAGCUAUGCACAAGGUUGCCGUGACAUGUCCUUGAAAGAUUCAGUGCAAACUGUGACGGCUGUUACCUGAAAAUACAGACACUUUGAACCUUGGCUCCCAAAUCUGACUGUCUCCUCUGAUCUGUUCUGCCAUAUCCCUCCGACAUCAAAAAGUAUACAUUCAUUGAAUGCAGAACAAAUGAAGGACCAGUGCCUGUACAAUUACCUCACUGGGGGCUGGCGGCAGUGAACACGUCUGCUCAGCUUCCAGAUCAGAGACCCACAUUUACCGCUGCACAAGCUUCCCAGGAAAACUGUUUUGCUGGGCUGAUGUGGUGCUACACCACGGUACACAUUCUUUUAUAGAAGUGUUAUUGUAUUUGGCUUGGGUACUACAGCACUCACAGGAAGUCAUUCGGUUACCUAUCUGCUGGUGGCAAGUCAGGAAACACCAGCAAAAUGCUGGCACAGUCAUAGUUUCCACUUGGAAUAUAACUUGCAGUGGUGUCAACCCCACAUCACCAUUUUCUCCAUUACUAAGUCGGAUCACCGGAGGUGAUUCAGGGAUGCUUGGAGCAUGAAUGAAGGUGUUCUGGGCCUUCAGGGUGACCAGGCUUUCUAGUGUCUGCCAGCAGCAGCAAACACAGGUGCAACAGCUCCAGGCUGGCACCCCUGGAGCUGGCCCUUGGUUCGGGCCAGGAAGAUGGAUGGACGACUGUGGCCACCUGAGCCACGGCCCACGAUGAGGGACAGAGGGCGUUGGAACUGCCUCCACGUCAUUAGAUUCAGACAAUUCACUUCAUCUCUCUGUGUUAAGACUUCGUUUUUCCACAAUUUAAAUAGCCAUUUGGUCCUCUUUACGCACCUCUGUACUUUCCAGAGGGAGGUGAUUCUGAAACUUUUAAAGUGAUUUUUGUUUUUGAUGAUAAAGUGGAAAAAUUUACUUGGUUGUGUAGCAGUAAUUACAUAUGAAGCAAAGAAUUCCAAAACGGUAAGGGUUCCAAGUAUCAUUCCUCCUAUGUUAGUAUGCUCAGGAAUUCAAAGGGGCAUUUUCAGACAUGAGCACCCCUAAUUGGUUGUGACCUGUGUCACAAUUUUAUCUAUAAAUCUCUCUGUGACGUAGUAUCCAAACAUUUGAUAAAAAAAGUUUCACAAAUACCUUCUGCUUUUACAGAGAGUAAUGCAUGUUUUUUAAUAAAUCAUUUUUUCUUCCUAUGCUUCUAAUUUUAACAAUAUAAGGGUUAUAAAAUUACACAUAAAAUGAGUGGAAUACAUUUAUAAUUAUACAUAAUAAUUCUAUGCAAGUUGUGAUGAGGAAAUUAUAUUUAUAUAAAAUAAAGAACUUGACAACUUUUAAGGGCAUGUUAUUUCAAGUGCUUAGCAAUGGAAAGCAAAAUAAUAACUGCUAUUUAUAAAAAUGCCUGCAGAAUCUGUUUUUAUGUUGACUGUUUUAUGUUGACUCCUUUCUUCCACAACAUGUAUGUGCUGCUUAUUAUUGCAAAUUUGCUUGUGGCACACUCUUCAUGUUUUAAUUUUUUUCUUCCAGCAAAACAAACACUGAGCCUCUAUUUUUAGUAUAAAGUAGUAAGGCUGUUGCAAGGAUAUUUUAAGUGCUUUUAAAUCUGAGACUUGGCUUGGAAUUGUGAAUGAGUUUCUAGUGUUUAAAUAAAGUAUUUUGUAAUUAGCACUCUUCCAAAGGCCUGGGAAAGAAAAGGCCUGUUCCAAAUCUGGCUUUAUUUAGAGUGCCAGGAAGUCAAAGAGCACCUAGGACCAUCUUGGAAAUUAAUGAUGAUAAAAAAUAGACGUAUAUUCUGCAAAGUUUUCAAGGAAACUUGCCAAGGGCAACAUUUUUUAAUCGAAUUGCUUGUACUUCCAUUCUCUUAGACUGGCUGUCUUUAUAGUUUUUUUUUUUAAAUCUGUUUUUGCUUAGUUUAUUUGAAAAGAACCCUAAGUACAGUUUGUGUGCCUGAUAAAAACUUAUAAACAUAUUCAGUUAAUUGUAUGUUUCUGCUUGAACAGCUAAACCUUGUUAUGUUUUAAAAUAUCUAAGCAUUUACUCUAAAGUGGUUACAGUAUCAGUUAUCUCUUGUAUAAUGGCAUCCUGGGACUUGCAUUUUAUUUGGAAUAAGCUAACUGAUUCAUAUCAUGUGUAUAAUGUGACACAGGCCAACCCCUCUACCCGCGCCCCACCCAGCGCCAGCCUUCAGACACAACACAGGUCAGUUCCCCACACUGAAAAGAGAGCUUUCUUUGUAGUUGCUGGAUCUGUUUUGAUUGCCAUCAUUGUUAUCUUAUUUAAUCAAAUGUCAUCCCUACAAACACAACAUUCUACAGUAUUUUGAAGAAAACAGUGUAAAUGUUUUAAUGAUACUGUGUAGAAAUACAACUUGAGCCUAUCUUGUAUGUUUCACUCCCUUAUUGGACUAGGCUCAGAUGACAUGCCAAAGUGUAACAAUGAGGAAACUGUUCUUAUCUUUGAUUCUUCUGUUAAUUUUUAGUUAAACUGUGAUAAGAAAGUAAAAACUUGAAUUGAUAAGUAAUAUUCUUUCUAAUCUUUCAGUGAAGAGUCUCAGACAAGUUUAUCCAUUAGCAUGGUUAUAGCUUCAUUGCUCCUUAAUAGCUACAUAGAUUCAGGCAAGAAAUGCCAAGAUUUGGUAUUGUAAUAUAAAUCAUUAGCCAAUUAAUUAAUAAAAAAAUUUUUCAAAAGAGUAGAAUGCUCAUGGUUUGCAGCUUCCACCAGGUUUCAGAGUUAAGCAUUGACUCUUUUUCAUCUUUGGCAUUGAAUAGAAAUGACUCAAUAUCAGUUAUUCUAUUAACAAAGAAAAAAAGUGGCAAAAAACAGGCCUCUGUCUCCCUUCACUCCAAAAAAAGCUAAUUAAAGUAUGUUACACAGCCUCAGAGAUACAAAAGAAAAAGCAAACAAUCUUGAAUUUCAGAGAAAAAGAAAAAUCAUUGCUUUUUAUAAUUUCAUAUUUUGCUUUUUUAAAUUAGGGUAUAUUUUGGUCUGCUUUUGGAAAUAUCUAAUAAAGUUAAACUAGGCAGCUAGAGGAUGUUUACAGCUUCAAGACUUCAAAUAACUUUCUGUGAGGGGAAUAACCAAAUAAUAUUUGAAUAAUUAAUUGCUGCAGCCUUAUAUUUUAUAGGUGCUUAUUUUCUGACUAUUUCUUACUGGAACACUGUGUAAGGUUUUUUAAAAUAUUUGUAUUUUGAUAUGAUUGACCUAUGUAUUGUAUUAUAUACAUUAAAUAGUGAGUGAAAAUUUU